AGCUUUUUCUCCAAGCUUUCGGACACUCCAUCUGAUCUGGACUGUAUUAUUUUUUGUGUUUACCUCAUUAUUCCAGUUCAGCUGACAAAAUAAUUAGACAAAAUGUCAAAGGCAAUUAAGUACUAUUAUGAUUUUCUGUCGCAGCCAUCCCGCGCCUUAUGGAUUGGCAUGAAACUGAGCAAGACUCCCUUUGAAGAUUGCCCGGUGGCCCUGCGCAAACAGGAGCAAUUGACCGACGAGUAUCGGAACAUCAAUCGGUUCCAAAAGGUGCCGGCCAUUGUGGAUGGUAAAUUUCAGCUGGGAGAAAGUGUCUCCAUAGUGCGUUAUCUGGCGGACAAGGGUUUCUUCAGCGAGCAGCUGUAUCCAAAGUCUCUGGAGGAUCGUGCCCGUGUGGAUGAGUUCCUGGAAUGGCAGCACUUCAAUGUUCGUCUGACCUGUGCCACGUUCUUUAGCAAAGUCUGGCUCUUACCGGCCAAGGGAUUGGCUCCUGCCCCAAAACCGGAGGUUGUUAAAAAACUAAUUAAGGAUGUGGAAGGUAACUUGGGUCUUUUGGAACGCCUCUGGCUGGAGAAGGACUUCCUAGUCGGAGAUAAACUCACUGUGGCGGAUAUCUUUGGCGCUUCGGAAAUCACUCAGAUGAAGCUGUGCCAGUACAAUGUAAGGAAGCAAUUCCCCAAGGUGGCCAAAUGGCUGGAACGCGUCCGAGAGACCACCAAUCCCUACCACGAUGAGGCCCAUAGCUUCCUGUACAAGGUCGCCAAACAGGCAGCCAGUGCCAAGAAUUAGUUUCUCAAUUACAAAUAAGAGAACCCUCUCGGUUUUGUUUUUUGCAUUUAUUAAAUUUUUAAGACAUCACUGUAACCAGCUUGUGCCUUGUUUUGUGUUUAUUGUGUUCAAUUAAAUG